UAUCUUUCUUUUUGUAGAUCAAAGGAGAAUGCAUGGAAAUGCGGGCGAUCGGAGAGCGCUCGAACGGGAAGCUCUUCGAAAUGUCAUCGCUCAAUGGAACGCCAACCGAUUAGAUAUUUUUGAAUUGUCCGAACCAAAUGAGGAUUUGGAAUUUCAUGGGGUGAUGCGAUUUUAUUUUCAAGAUUCUGGUCAAAAAGUAGCAACAAAAUGUAUUAGGGUCGCUUCUGAUGCCACCGUCGAAGAUGUCAUCGGAACGUUGGUCGAAAAAUUCCGUCCGGACAUGCGAAUGCUUUCGGUGCCUUCUUAUGCCUUGUACGAACUCCAUCAGGGUUGUCCCGAACGAAAAAUGUCGCCCGAUGAAAAACCGCUUUUGGUUCAACUUAACUGGCACGUGGAUGAUCGCGAGGGACGAUUUUUACUUCGAAACGUUGACGAUAGAACCUCCAAUUCGGUUGGAAUGUCAGAUUCCAACGCGAGUUUUCGACGAAAGUUAUCAAAACGUGAAAAGAAACAAUUAAAAAAACAAGAAAAACAACAAAGAUUAAAAAGUGAAAAUGGAGAUAACGAUAAAGAUGGUGUAGCAGAAAAAUUAUACACAGAAUUGCCUGAAACGUCUUUCACAAGAUCUAUAUCGAACCCAGAAGCUGUUAUGAGGAGAAGACGACAGCAAAAAUUAGAGAAAAAACUUCAACAAUUCCGUUCAAAAGAUGGAGGUCCAGAUACCGGGGGUACCUUAAAGAUAUAUGGUGAAGCUCUUUGUAAAGACGUCCCUUAUAAAACGUUGUUAUUGUCGAUAAGAGAUUGCGCGGGUGGUGUGGUUAGAGAAAUGCUCGAAAAAUAUGGUUUAAGCAAAUCAGAUCCUUCCCAAUGGUGUUUGGUCCAAGUCACUCAACAACCAGGUGUUCCCGACACAGAGUACGUUUUGGAUGAUGAAGAGUGUCCUUUAUCCAUUUUAAUGAACUCGCCUAAUUCAAGUUCGAUAAUGUUUCAUGUAAGACGUCGGCCGGCCGAUUGCGCCCCAAGGAAACGAAAAAAGAAACCGGGCGCCCUCGGGGCGAACGCCGGCAAUCCAAGGGGGGACAUUCGAGGGGAUUCCAUUCCCAUUUUGGUCGAGUUGGGACCGGAUGGAUCAGCACCACUUCCCGGGGAUACCGCAAGGACCGUUCGAUUGAAUAACGAUGUGAUGGAGGUCGGUUCGGCAAAUGGAAUUGCUUUACAAUUAUAUGGACCCCACAUCCAACCAAGACACUGCGUUAUAACAAAUACAGAUGGGGUAACAUCGUUAACGCCAUGUCACGCAGAUGCCCACACUUACGUAAACGGACAGAGGAUUCACCAAACGACGAUACUCGCACAUGGAAGCCUUAUUAAAUUUGGGAACAGUAACACUUAUCGGUUUUUAGAUCCUUCGCAAGAGGAUAGAUCUCGACAUCCGGGAUUCGUCGAUAACACUCGAAUAUACGACAGGUCUCCGAGAGCUCUUAGCCCCAUCGACCAUAACAGGGAAAAUUUUGAGACCACUUUUGACCUUGAAGGAAAUGUUGAAACGGUUUCGACCGCGAGCGGACCUAGAGAAGAUAAUCGGUCACUUGGUUCAUCAUCAGAAAAUAGAGUUGGAGGUAUGGACAGAUAUCCAAGAGGUCAUGAUCCAAUCCUUCCCGCGGUUCUCGAAUUUCCGGAAGAACCCCAAGAACUUUUUUUGGCGCGAGUUAUUACCCACUUGGAUGUAACGACGCCUACUUUCCGUUUAGCCCCCGCAUAUACUUUAUAUCUUUGUGCAAGAUACCGAGCGUCGACUCACUACAGACCGGAAUUAACACCUACAGAACGAGCCCAAAAACUUACAUUACUCCUUCAACACGCUGCUAAAUUGGUACGACACACCGUGCAAGAUCGAAGCACAGAAAGCGUUUCGCAAGCUUUUUGGUUGGCAAACGCGAGCGAGUUAUUACAUUUUUUAAAAUCCGAUAGACAUGUGAGCGCUUUUUCGAUGCAAGCUCAAGACACUUUGGCUGAUUCGGUACAAUUGGGGUUUAGAAAUUUAGUCGCGUGUCUUACGGACGAGUUAAAUUCGGUUAUGGGCGGUUUGAUGAUGGCUGAAACGCAAGAAGAUCAUCCUAGAGAGAUUAUUAACGUAUUGAGUAACGCGAUGAACUUGUUGAGGAAGUGUAGAGUAAACGCUGCAUUGACGAUACAAUUGUUUUCCCAGCUGUUUCAUUGGAUCUCCGCCAGAAGUUUGUCGACGAUUAUUAAUAAUUCACAAUUGUGUACGAGAUCGUUUGGAACGAGACUUUUUAAUCGAUUACGGAAUUUACAAGCUUGGGCCGAAUCGCAAGGUUUAGAAUUAGCUGCGGAAUGUCAUCUAGCUAAAAUAGUCCAAUGUGCACAUCUUUUACAAGCACCGAAAUCCUCAGCGGACGAAUUAGCCACGUUAAGCGCCGCUUGUUUUAAAUUAAAUUCGUUGCAACUUCGCGCGCUUUUAACGCAAUACAAAGGUGAACCUGGCGAACAAGUUGCUCCUCCUCCCCUUUUGGAGCAUGCAGCUCGCGCGGCGGAAGGAGUUGCUGAUGAACUGGCGAGAGCUGAAGGAAGGGAAGUGAAAUUACACGAAGAUUCCGCUCCACCACUUCAAUUACUUUUACCUGAUGACGGGUUUAGUUGCGAUGUCGUUCAAGGAGUUCCACCUGGACUUGCUGAUUUUUUACAUCCAUUGCAAGCGUCUGGGUUAUGUCGAUUAGCUGCACAACCAACUAGUUCAGGACAUUGGACUGUUUAUAUGACUGCACCAAGACCACCUUCUGCUUUAAGUGCAUCACAUACACCGGAGAUCCAAACGAUAAGAUUACAUAAGGCUGGUGGUGGUAUGGGAUUAUCAAUUGUAGCUGCGAAAGGGGCUGGACAAGAAAGGUUAGGGAUUUACAUCAAGUCGGUAGUUCCUGGCGGGGCAGCGGAUAGGGAUGGGAGGUUAGCAGCUGGCGAUCAACUUUUAUCGGUGGACGGUCAAUCUUUGUUGGGAAUUACUCAGGAAAAGGCCGCAGAAUUUCUUGUGAGAACUGGAAGUGUGGUUACUUUGGAUGUUGCUAAAGGCGGUGCGGUUUAUCAUGGAUUAGCGACGUUGUUGCAACAACCAAGUCCAACGCCACAUAGAGCCUCGGAUUUUAUGGAUUAUCCAUAUGGUUCUCAAGAAUAUCUUUACGAUGACCCCUCUCAAUACAGAAUCUACACUCCCCCCGUGACAAAACCGAAAAAUAACGUUUUCUUCAACUCGGAUGAUAACCUUUAUAAAACGGAAACACGAAAAUUAACAAUUCCCCGAAUAGAAAUCGAAAGUUCCAGCGACGAGCCGGAAUUUAAGCUCCAAAUAACCGAUUUUAGCGAUCCUGAUCCGAAGGAUGUCACAUUUGAGUACGAAGAUGAAUUCAAACCGUUGGGUUAUGAAAUUCCGCGAAGUAACAAAAAGAAUUUUUACCAACAAAAAAGUUAUUCUUUGGAUAUAGCAAACGAUGAUCAAAGUAGUGAUGCUGAAUUUUUUGAUGCCGGAGAUGCUUAUUUAACGAUCGGAAAUAAUAGUAAACGUUUAAAGCAGAUUUCCGGGUCUUUGCAAGACCUUUCCAGUUCCACGUCGAGUAUUAACACCGUUAUUAAUGAAUCGACGUUGGAUUUAAGUAUUAUUAACGCUGAGAUAAAGCAGAAAUAUUGGAAAUCACCGGAUGAAAUAAGACAGGGUCAUGUUAGGGAUUUAAUUGAUAGCUUUGAAUAUGGUAAAGAGAAAAUUUGUAAUAAUAUUUCCAACGCUGUUAGUGUUCCGAAUUUAAAUGAAAAGAUAAUUGAAGAAAAUUUGGGUGAUAACAAAAAGUGGAGUCAAAGUGCUAGGGAGUUAAAUUCAGAUUUAACAGAAAGGGAAAUGAAUUAUUUGGCGAGGUUGUUGCAAGAUUGGAGCGUUAAUGGAUCGGAAGGGAUUAAUCCUGAAGAAUUAGAUCUUGAAAAAGAAAAAUACAAAGAAAAUAAUAAAAAAUCGGUGAGAUUUUCACAAGAAAAUUUGUUUGAGGAUUGCGAUUAUUGCAAAGAUUUUAAAAAGGAAGAUAAUGAGAACGUGAAGAAGAAGCAAAGGAAUUUAUCUUCAGACGAUUAUAAAAAGUUUUAUAAUUGUAACUUGAAGAAAAUUGAUAAACAAUAUCAUUCCGCGCCUGAUUUAUCACCGGGUACAAGGAAUAAAUUGAUAAGGGAUAACUUAAUUUACGUUGCAAAAUAUAAAAGUGACAACGAUGUUAGUAAAACGAAUCAAAACGUUGAUAAUUUGGAUAUAAUGCACAAAUGUCAAUAUAGGAAUUGUAUUUUUAACUCAAAUUACUUUGAUUUUUCGGGACCAAAACAAAAUAUAAUUAAUAACAUCAAAGAAAAUUUUCAAAAAACAGAAAAAAAUCAAAACGUAACAAACGACCAAUUACAAAAACAAGGACCAAUUUUUUUACGGCAAACGCCGCGUCGUUACAGCGAAAUUAUUGAAACAAAUUCGACGAAACAACCGUCGUCGUUCCAAAAGACUUUAAUUCGUUACGGAAGCCUCGAAAGACUUUCCGAUAUUUCUAAUACUAAUAAAAAAAAGUUUCCUGAAUCGUACAUCGUUCGCAAACCAAUUGAAAUGUUUAAAACGUUUGCAAAUGAAUCGCCGAAACGCAAAAAUAAAGCAAAAACGAUCGUUCUAAAAACAAAAAUUUAUCCAAAAACAUGGAAAAGUUGUUCGGAUAUUAAAAAUCGUCAAAGGGUAAUUAAGAAAUGUUGUAAAAACGCUAAUGUGACGUGUCCCAUUUUGAAGAGCCACGACGAUUCUUCGAGACGAAUGACAAGGAGCUGUGCCGACGUCUCCGCUAAAGGCAGCUUGGAGGAGUCCGCUGGCACAAAGUACGCUUCAUUUGACGACGUUUACAUUGGUAAUCAAUGUCCACGUCGAAUGUCUGAACGUGAUUUACCUUCGCGAGUGGACGCGGAAAGGACAAUACCGUCAUCAAAGUCCGUUCCGGCUCUACAUCACAUCUCUCCGAAUGCUGCGGAACAACCAACUCGCGGCGCAACUAAUCACCAUGACGUCUUCAAUCCCGGUUACAGUCGAACUUCAUCAAAUAACAGCAUUAAUAACGCUAACAACAACGGUACCGCUCCUCAAACGCUUAGCGUUGGGCAAAACGGUGGCGGCCCCGCUGGUGUUAAUAAUCUUAGAAGCCGAUCUACGCAUAAUUUACUUCAACAGGAUGGUGGAUUUUAUCAGAAUUUAAGUGUUUAUAGGAAUAAAAUUCCGCAAGGUAGUCAACAAUUAGGAGAUAGAACUUCAGCAUUAAGAAGCUCUCAAAAUUCUCUUCAAUCAAAUAUAACAAAUGCACAAAGACCAGCUUCGGCUUAUUACCCAAAUUCAACGGUUCCAAAUACAACAACGAAUCGCCUUCCCUUACACCAAUCAAUACCGAAUUUAAAGAGUUCGCAAGAAAGGACGAGUUCGUACCCAUCGAUAAAUCAACAAAUAGCUCAACAGCAACAAUAUCCGAAUUAUAACCCCCCACAACAACAGCAAGCGUAUCAAAACCACCAUCAACAGCCGUAUCAAAAUCAUCAUCAACAACAGCAACACCCUUAUCAGCAAAAACCUGUACCUACUAAUCAGUAUCAAUAUGAUAAUCAAUCGAUUAAUAAUUACCGUGGGUACGAAGAUCAACAACAACAUAAUAAAAAUUAUCAAACGUAUCCGCAUUCUAAUUAUCCGGUUCAGCAACCGCUGCAUAUAAACGCAAAUGGUGAAAACGAUUUGCAACAACAACGAGAGAUGAAUAGAUAUAACACCGGGUUGUUGCGGGAAGAUUAUAGACAUAUAGCUGCGAUGAGAGAUAUGGGACGCGGAAACAACGAGGAAAUGAUGAGGUAUCCCAGUUCGAAUAAUGUGAGAAUUCAAGAAGCGCAAAUACAACCGAGUAAAUCGCAAGACUUGAUUAACCGCCAGGAAGAUUUUUCAAGAAAUACCGAAAUGAGAACGUCGAAAAGUGAAGAUAUGUUGAGACAAUACGCAAAUAGUAACGAUAUGUAUCGAUACGCGAGCAGUGGUAACAUAAAAGAUAAAAUAGAUUCCCCACGGCAACAACAAGAAAUUUAUCAAAACAACGAUGCUAAAGGUAAUAACAUGAGGGGUCAAGCGAAAUUAGUAGAAAUGGGCGAAGAAGUCCGUAGAAGACAAAAUCGGAGUAAUCAAUAUCCGCAACACGGUCAAUUUUAUCAAAAUCAAAACGUACAUAAUUACGUGGUGUCACCUCCUCAUCACGUUCAAAUGGCUCAAAACACUCAGAGUAUGCAAAAUUUAAAUCUUUCCACUCAAAAUUAUUAUUAUCAAAACGCAACUUCACCAAAUUACGUUAAAAACCCACCAAUUGCGCCGAAACCAUUGCGAAAAAUGGAUGAUCCCCCAGAACUUCCGCCGACUAGUACUCAUCCUUUAUAUUCAGCAAGCAGUCAAGAACCACCAAAAAUGUCUUUGUACUCACCUCCACAACAAGUUCAUUCAAAAUCAUCACGAGGGGAUCCUUGGGCCAGAGAAGAACAAGAACGCCAAGCGGAAAUUCGUCGCGAACAAGCCCGCUUAUUCCGCGAACAACAAAUUAAAGAAUUAAUGUCGACGCCAAAUCGCACGCAACAACAAGAGGAACACCUACGGGUGCUUCAAUUGGAAAGAGAUUUUCAAAGGCGUGCUUUAGAAGAAGCUGAGCAAGAAGACGACGAUACAGAGAAAGAAAGUCCGGUUCCUUCCGGUUCGGCUUUAAAUCCUCCGGUCGUUUCUACAUCCUCAGCUUUAACCUCUUCUAACGUUCAACAAGCGACGAGUGUAGUGCUACCAACGCCACCACAAAAACAAGAACCACCUGCGUCAAUUUUAAAACCGGGAGUAGCUCAAGUCAAUAAUUACGUUCCACCCCCAAUUCAUCAACAAGAACCUCAAGCACCUCCACCACCCGAACGAGGAUCUAGUUAUACAGUUAUGUCAAUGAGGAAUAAAGAAGGGACUAAAAGGGUGUCUUUCGAUACUUCAACAGCCGUUCCUCAACCACCGCAAACUUUGCAAUUAGAAGAAACUAUUAGGGAAGAUCCAAAUAGUUUUAUUCGUCAAGCUGAAACAAUGUUGGCAUCACCUACAACACCAAAUGAAAGUGCGAUAUCGACGGCGACUCCCGGUGUGAUUGGGGCCCAAGAGGUGUACAAAGAUCCAAGAACGCGUCGUUUGGCUGAACAGGCACAACAGAAAGCGCAGGCGCCGAUACCGGAAAAGCUAUCAUUUAAGGAAAAGAUGAAAAUGUUCGCAAUGGAAACGGGAGAGGCUGGUACGCCGAAAGACAAAAGUAAAAUAUCGAGGGCGCAGCGCGAGAUCGACAAUUUGGCGUCGCCAAACUCGAGCCUAGUCCACUGAGACUCUUACUCUUUGUCUUUUUUUUUAUUUUAAUUGUUUCUUUUUACCGUUUUGUCUUCGUCUGCUUAAGAGAAAAAAAGGGGAUUGAAUGUUUGUAAAUGUUUUAUACAUGUUUUGUAAAUGUUUGUGACGUCGAGAUAAAAUAGGAAAAAAAAAUUAUGGGAAUUUUCUGUGACCUGUUUUUUUCAGGAUUUGAUGAGACCAAUGAGCAAACAUAAGGGAUUCAACUGAUGCAGCCUUCUUUGUUCUUUGGAGCAAUUUCUUAAAUAAAAAAUAUAAACUACUAUUUAGGUAUAUAACCGUCCAAUUAAGAAGAAAAAUAAAUUAAUAUAAUAUAAUUGUUACAACGAUUUUAAGGCGAAUGAUGAAAAAAAAAAAAAAACAAACAAAAAAAAAGAAGAAAUCUGUUAAAGGAACAAUUACGUACAUACACAAUACAUAUAUUGUAUAAAUAAUUUAAAAAAA